AUGGCAUAUAAAAAUCCCAGAUCAUCACCACCAUCAUCUCUAUCACCUUCACCAUCACCAUCUCCAUCUCCUCCAUCCAGACCAACACCUCCCCAUUCAUCCUCUGAAAAAACAUUUUCGGAUUACCUAUCCUCAUCCCCAGAACCAUGUCCUCAACCUCUCUCAACUAAGCUCCCUCCUUUAUUUCAAUGUCCCACCCAUUCCUUCAAUCAAUGCCCACCCCAUCUUCGAAACACUAUGAACCCUAGUUCCAACACCUCAUCUUCUAACCGAAGAUCAGCGCACAAUCAAGCAAGAAUUGGAAUUUCUAAAACCAAAAAGGUUGACACCACCAUUUACACAAUUUCUGAUGAUGAUUCUGAACCUUCAACACCUCAACAUAAACCCGAAUCACAAGCUACUCAUGCAUCCCAGCCCACAAAACCAAAGUCCCCAGAAAUUCUAAAAACUCAACCAAGAAAACCUAAAUCCAAAUCUCCCUCCACACUUUCACAGUUCUUGGCCUCCCAAAAACUCAAAAUCCCUAAAAAAUCUCAGAUGAACACAUCUCAAGAGCGACCUUCACCUCCACUCCAAUCUCAAGAACGAUCUUCGCCUCCACUCCAACCUCAAGAACGAUCUUCGCCUCCACAAGAACGAUCUUCGCCUCCACUCCAACCUCAAAAACGAUCUUCGCCGCCACCCCAACCUCAAGAAUGUUCUUCAUCUCAGCUUUCACCUCAAGAACGCUCUUCAACGAAACAACCAACCAAAGAACGUUCUCCUUUUAAAACUCCGACCCAGAAAACCAAAGAAACUUCCACAACAACUAACCUUAAAUCCUUCACCAAACCCUCUUCCUCAAAAAUUCUUAUUCUACCUCUGAUUUCUUCCAAAAUCCAAAAUAUAUUUUCUGAAAAAUGGACUCAAUGCCCUAUUGGUAUUGGGAGGGUUUUUAACUUUGAAAAACUUCAAAUCGAAGGGAUCUCCAUCCAACAUCAUACUGAUGCACUUGGUUGGACUGAUUUCUUGAAAAUAUCUGAUUGUCAUUACCCACAAGUCAUUCGAGCCUUUUAUUUCAAAGCUGAAGCCUUUGAAGACAAGUCUCUCAUAGUCUCAACCUUGAAAGGUAUUGUAAUUCGACUUGCCCCUCUGAUUCUGGCUGAUAUUUUGAAAAUACCAUCUGAAGGAUUAACAAUCUUUGGAAAAGAUUGGUAUACAACCUUAAACAUUUCAAAAGAAGAGGUGUUCCAAGAGCUAUUUGUUGAUGGAACCACAAAAUGUCUUUUAGCUGACCUGAAACCCCUGCCAAAAUUUUUUAACAACAUAGGCCAACACAACAUUUUACCUCACUGUGGCAGUCAUGAAUUCGUUUAUGAUAAUGACGCUCUUGUCAUUUAUCAUCUUCUUCAUUGCAAGAAGUUAAAUCUGCCAUAUUUGAUAAUCCAACAUAUUGAUUGCUGCCAUAAAAAAGGAUUAUAA